AUGUCGCGUAUCCCGGUGCGCGGUGAUCCAGUUAAGAAGAAACAUGUCGACAAGAACUUAACAGCCAUAGAGAUCAAAAAGCUAAGAUUUUCUGAAGAAAUCAAUCGAUUAUACUCAGAUUUAUUUGAAGAAAAGAAACAAAGAGUUCUUCAAGAGAGGAAAAAUGCAAACCUACCACAGAAAAAAGCUGAAAUGCAAAAUGAUUAUGAUCAGCUUAUUAAAAAAGCAGAAGAUUCAAAAAGAGAAAUAAUGGCAAGAAUAUCGGAUCUCGAAUUAGAGAACAAUGAACUUCAUGAUAAGCUAGAAAGACUCUCCCAACAAAAAAUGUCACAACUGAAGAAAGAUGAAAAUCUUGAGAUACAAAAAAGGGCUGAAGAAGAUUUAGAAACACAAUUACAUAGUGAAAUUGCAGCAUUAGAAACUAAAAAGAAUGAAUAUUUACGCUUAGUUAGUCAACAGAGAGAAAUCAAAUUAGAUUUAAAGAAGAAAUACAAACGAGUUAAGGACACAUAUGAAGCAUUACUCAAAAAAGUUAAACAGAUGGCAAUUGAUAAAGAAGUUAAAAGAAAACAAAAAGAUCUUGAAAAGAUCAAUGCUGAAAUGCAACGAAAGAAGAAAGAAGAGGAAGAGAGGAAGAAAGAUCCAAUCAAUUCUUACAAUAACUUCCUAUAUAAUGCAGGAUAUAGCAACGAACCAUAUGAUAUCCCGAUAGUUGUUCACGAAAUUGAUGAGCCUAUGGAAAUAUUGUCAAUGUCUGGCGAUUCUCUAGAGGAAUCUGUCUUUGAAGGAGAACCUAAUGUUAUUGAUGACCAGAUUCGACAAUUGCUCUCAACUGGCCAAUAUACAGAGUCGGAUCCAUUAAUUCGAGAGCUGAGAAGUCGUCUGAAGAAAAAGUCGUAA